AUGGAUAUGCUCAUGUCUUUGGGUACAUCGAUCGCCUACUUCGCUUCGAUCGCCGUUCUCGCUAUCAAUGCCACCCAACCUGCCGACUCGGCAAUGCACUAUACCGAAACUUUCUUUGACUCGGUCGUCUUCCUGACUAUGUUCUUGAUGAUAGGCCGCUUGCUCGAAGCCUACAGCAAGGCAAAGGCCGGUGAUGCCGUUGGCUUACUCGGCAAGUUACGGCCCACGGAAGCGGUUCUGAUCACGCCGUCCCAUAAAGACCAAGCAGAGACCACAUCCACCGUUCCAAUUGACCAGCUGGAGUUCGGCGACCUGGUUCGAGUUGCCAACGGUGCCUCCCCGCCAUACGAUGGAACGAUCAUUACUGGAGUAUCCCGCUUCGACGAAUCAAGUUUGACUGGCGAAUCCCUGCCCGUGGAGAAGUCGGUCGGUGAUGAAGUCUUCUCUGGAACCAUUAAUCAAGCCGAUCCCGUCACGAUAAAGAUCAUUCGUCUUUCCGGUGACUCGAUGCUGGACCAAGUCAUCAGUGCCGUGCGAGAGGGCCAGAUUCGAAGAGCACCGAUUGAGCGGACUGCUGACCUUCUCACAAGCUAUUUUGUUCCCGUCGUGACUUUGAUCGCCGUCGCGGAUUGGUUGAUCUGGUUAGGCCUCGGGCUUUCAGGCCGCCUGCCAGAAGCUUGGCAAGAUGGCCCUGGAGGAUGGGAGUUUUGGUCGUUGCAGUUUGCCAUCUCUGUCUUUGUCGUUGCCUGUCCCUGUGGAAUUGGACUUGCUGCCCCGACAGCUCUGUUUGUUGGUGGUGGGUUGGCCGCCCGGCACGGUAUCCUUGUCAAGGGAGGUGGUGAAGCUUUCCAGGAAGCAAGCCAGCUUGAUUGCGUUGUCUUCGACAAAACCGGCACGAUCACUGAGGGCGGAGAGCCGUUGAUCACCAAUCAUGUAGUCGCCUAUGAGGAAAGCAAUCUUGUCGACGUCUGGGGCGCAGUUUUGGAACUUGAACAAGGCAGCAGUCAUCCAAUCGCCAAAGCUAUGGUAACUUUCGCCGCUACUCAGCAGCAUUCAGUUCUAAAAACCGUCUCUGCGCAUGAAAUACCAGGCAAGGGUCUCAAGGGUCUCUUCACACGUCCCAGUCAAGAUGCCACCACCAGUCUCGAGGUGAUCGUUGGCAAUGAGGCGCUGAUGUUGGAUCACAACAUCGUCAUCUCGUCGGCUAACUUGGAAACGCUCAUGGCAUGGAAACACGAGGCCAAAUCGGUCGUGUUGGUUGGCACCCGCGCCCAAGCUGCCGACGACUCCGUCCUAUGGCAGUUGUCAAUCAUACUGGCUGUCGCCGACCCGGUCCGGCCAGAGGCUAAGGGUGUCCUGCUGGCUCUUCGCGAUAGGGGUGUCGAUGUUUGGAUGCUCUCUGGAGACAAUCCCACAACUGCCAACGCGGUUGGCAAAAUAGUUGGAAUCCCUCCCGACAAUAUCAUAGCAGGCAUUCUCCCAGAGGAAAAGGCAGAGAAAGUGCGAUAUUUGCAACGCGUCUUGCAAAAGCCCACCCGUUGUAGUUGGUUCGGCAACCAGGCAGUCCCCAGUACGAAACGGGCGAUCGUGGCCAUGGUCGGUGAUGGUAUCAACGAUUCUCCCGCGCUUACAGCUGCAGACGUUGGCAUCGCUAUUGGAUCGGGCUCGGACAUUGCCAUCUCCGCGGCUGAAUUCGUGCUUGUCUCCUCCGGUCUGACGUCGCUCCUAACCCUGAUCGACCUCAGUCGUGUAGUUUUCCGUCGGGUCAAGUUCAAUUUUGUCUGGGCAUUGAUCUAUAACUGCAUUGCCGUGCCCGUCGCAGCUGGUGUCUUCUAUCCCAUUGUGAGCAACGGCAAACAUGUCCGUUUGGACCCAGUGUGGGCGAGCCUUGCUAUGGCAUUGAGUAGUGUCAGUGUCAUCUGUAGCAGUCUGCUCAUGAGAGCCCGGUUGCCUUUGGUCGGCUUCAGGGGCAAGACAUGGAGCAAACAGUAA